CAAGACAAUAACGCAGAUACAAAGUCGCCGUGACAUCACCACGGCGCCCGUGCCAGGCGAGGUGCACCUUGAGGGCCACGUGAAGUGUCGAAGGCUCCGCUGGCAGGAGGAGGUCACGGGACAGAUCCAGGUGGUAUAAUUUAUUUAUUUCAAAGAAUUAUUGCGCACACGUGAAGUGGCAUAGCCAGCAAAAAACAAAGAGGAGCAUUUGCAGGCAGCAAGCCCAGCCUUCAAAGCACAUACACAAAAGCACAUCCUAACCUCGUUUUUUUGUUGUUAUUGUUGAAACAGAAGGUACAGCCUUAUUAUACAUUAUCAUCCAUACAUCCAUUCCACCCACCACCACCGCCACUGCUACAGUAGCCUGCCUCUAAUAUAUAAUAUCAAAUCAGGCCAGCUCACGUCAACGCAAGCGCCGUGGUGCUGAGCGGACACGCACACAGAACCGGUGCAUUGUAUUCCAGCACUGUGUUUUGGACACAACUGAUCAAGUGCAAAGAAGGUACCGUACAUGUUGGAUCAAGCCAGCAUUGCUGAUUCCGCCUCAAGUCUUCAUUCAACCCUUUUAUCCGAUUGUGCACGUGGUGAAGUCCAAUCUGUUCAUCACACGAUUGACUCACAGGAGCGAAAGCAAGGCGACUGCCGUGGCUCUUCGCGGAGGGGCAUGAGCGCCAUGCAGAGGCAGGCGGGCUGUGCCGCGUACGCGGAGCGUCUGCGGAAAGUGCUGCCAGCCCUUUCCACGCACGUGCUGCUGGCCGGCCUGCUCAUGAUCUACGCCUUCCUGGGCGCCGUCACCUUCACCUUGAUCGAGGGCGACAAGCACGAGGGCGAGGACACCAAGCUGAAGAAGCUGGUCAGCCAGAUCGUCAACCACACCGUCCGCCUCUCGCAGGCAGGCGAUAUGGAGAAUGGCACCAAGUACCACGACUACUUGAGCAUCGUCCUGGCAGAAUUCUACAAUCUUACCAUGCAAAAGCCCAUCAAGUGGAAUUUCCUGGGAUCGCUCUUUUUCUGCUGCACAAUCUUCACGACCAUAGGCUACGGGCACAUCGCGCCUUCCACAGACGGCGGCAAGAUCAUGUGCAUGGUGUACGCCACCUUCGGCAUCCCCAUCAUGCUGCUGGUGCUGGCCGACGUUGGCGACCUGCUGGCGCGCACGCUCACCACCAUCUACACGUCCUUCCGCCACCGCCUCCUCCCGGGGGCGCGGUGCGGCCGGCAGCACCCACCCGGCGAUGGGCCGGAGGGGAACGAUCUCCAGCGGUCGCGCACCAAAAUCGACGACAGCCACCGGCAUGAGGGCGAGGACGAUGCGGUGGACGUGCCCCUCAAAUCCCCCGGCAGCGACGUGGAGGGCGGCAGGGAGUUGCCGGCGACGGUCAGCAUCGCCGAGGGCGCUGAUGUCCCGGAAGCCGACAGAGAAGUCAAGGAAUUGGACGUUCCCUUCACGCUCAUUUUCCUGAUCGUCUUCGUCUACCUGAUGUUCGGGACCUUCCUCCUGCCCUGCUGGGAGGAAUGGAGUUACCUGGACGCCUUCUACUUCGUCUUCGUGACAAUGACCACCAUCGGCCUAGGCGACAUCGUGCCAAAGCAUCCCAACUUCUUCAUGCUUACGUCCAUUUACAUCAUCAUCGGCAUGGCCAUCAUCUCCAUGGGUUUCAAGCUCACGCAGGACCGCAUCUUUGCGCUCUACGGCCGCAUCAGCAUCCCGCGCCAGAGACUAAGAGACUGCGUGAAAUGUGCCAGAUAGGCGCCAUCAAUGCCACCGCCACUGCUGCCAUCAUCCUGAGCGGACUUUCAAAAACAACAACAACAACAACAAAACCGAUAUGCCUUCCUACCUUCUUUGAAUAUUCCUACUCAAUACUACCAAGUGAAUGCAUGAACGUAGAGGCGAUAUAAUGAAUUAUUUGUUAUUUGGUCAUUGCCUGCGUUUUACACACUCAUUAAGUAUCAGGGUUAUGCUGGCCUUGUUUGUUGCCCUUAAAUCCCGUAAAUAUAUAUUUGGGUUUUGCCCAAUAUUAUGCAAUGCUCAUUAUCAGAGACGUUGCUUUCAGAAAGUGAGCUGCAUUUACAUUGCAACACUCAGCAAGGGAACUUGGGUGGUUUUGACAGUAGAAUGCUUCUCUACGGCAUAGCCAACGUUUGUAGUUGUCAACGGCGUUGCAUGGUGGGUGUACACGUAUGCAUUACGGGCCUAUUUAAUGCAUUAAUAAUGUGAAGCGUCAUAAUUUUAGUGAGCGUAUACGAAAGCACAAAUGGCCCCUGUAGGCCCUCACAGCGCUCAUGUCCACGUGCGAGUGAGCAUUCCGUAGUGCUUGACGCGACGCGGUUGGCGUGAAAAGUCAGAACUGCACGGAAAUAUAUGGGUUUUUUUUUUCUCUCGUAGGUCACGUAACCCAUUGGUUUUUAGCGACACGAAUGUUUACAUUAACUUGCACUUGCGCAGAAUCAUACCUGUCAAUCCCUUAUCAGUGCCUACCUUCGUACAGACCAAUUGAGACCUUUAUUGGUCACCCCGUGCCCUUUUAAAUCUCAACGUUUAUCCUAUAAAGUCCCAUUGCAAGGGAGAAACACAAACAAAUAGACAAAAACUAAAUUUGCCUCUGUUGAUACAAGAAUACGGGUAAAUCGUAUGGGUUGACAGGUAUGCGAAAUGCAGAAUUAUUGGUGUGUCCUUCUGACGUGCUCACGUCUUUUAAUCCCCUUUAUAAAAAGUAAAUUCAAUUGAACCAAAUAUUUUUUUUUCCAUCACAAUACACAUACGUACUGCGAUCGCAUGAUUUUUUUCCAUAGCAUGUAAGUCACGUGGAAUUGUUUGAAUUUAUAUAUAUAAAGCAUACAUAACCACAAGUUAUUCGUAACAAUUGUUCCAAUCGCACAAGUUACUUCGAUGCAGUGAUUUAUUUACGGGCUAUAUUUGAUGAAUGGCAAUUAUGUCCACCAAUUCCAUGGUUCACCAGAGGUUAGUAACAUGGCAAUGCUUUCUGUGCACCGUGUGCAGCCCUUUUGUCAAUCCACUGCUGGACGAGGGCCUCCCCCCCUCCCCCCCCCAUGUGACCGUGCAUUUCGUGGGGGGCUGUUCGACCUUGCUUCGCCGCGUCACACUGCUAAAAAAAUGCAGGCUGAGUUUCGCUCAGUUUUUAUUUGGUGAUGCGAGAGACUCGCAUGCAGCCACAGGUCUGCUUUUCAAGACAGACCCACGGAGUACCUUGCGAGAGAUGUUACGUCGUUAGCAGCAAAUAAUACGACAGGAUAACAAGAAUGAAUCGUCAUUUUUUUUUAACACGAGGUAGGUCGCUUCAACAUUCGAAAGGCAUACGAUCAAGGGCAACACUUUACGGGACAGGAGGAACAACAACAACAAUCUAUAUACAUGUAACAAAAACGAGUUAUGUAAAGCAUGCUUAUCACAUGUGCAAGUGAAAAUGGUAUUUGAAAUCAAGUAAGGAAUUUAAUCGAGGGCCGGUGAUGGGAGAAAUAUUUUCCGAAAACAUGAAGCGAGCUCGUUCCACGAAAGGGGAGCAGCAACACGAAAUAAUCUUCGAACCAAAGUUCGAGUCGCUCUCGGCACGUAGACAAAAACGAGAGAGGAAGUAUGGCUUCGCUGACGGAGGGGUUACAAAUGUGGGCGAGAGGUUUCAAGAUUUUGGUCGGCCACCAACUGAAGGGCAACGGGAGGAAUUUCAUCUGCGCCAGUGGCAGAAGAGGCAUUAUUUAAGGUUUAGACCAAGCUGAUGCAUUGUCUAGGUGAGGCAGCUCAAUUCUUGCUUCAGUCCCGGAUAUGAAUUAUGGUCAGAGUGAGAAGUAUCGUACUGAUUUAGUUGGGUGUAUACUGGCUUCGUUGAUGUAUCGAAAACAUAGCCUGCCGAGGCCAAAUGGAGUUGAGUUCACCGACGAUUUAGAUUGAAGGCGGAGAGACAUUGAAGUAUAGCAAAGGAGCACAAUACAUUUUUGCUGCACUGCUGUGCUUCCAAUGCAGUCCUGUAGCAGCCUGUAACACCUGUUUUAUGCUUGGUGGUCAUCCAGAAAUAUCCACCAGGCUCAGCGUCCGAUAUCUGAUAAAAUCAGUCAGCCUCAUUCCAAGGGAUUUGGUCAGAAGCAUGCUUUCUAUAAAUAUAAGAAAAUGGAGAUGAGACAGCAUGAUGGCGAUGGGAGGGGUGUUUAUUGACGUUAUAAUCUCUGUGAUGUUCUAAUAUGUGUCUGUUCCGAGCACUUGCCUUUGUUGCCACAUGCUUUGCGGCUUCGGUUUUGAAGACAUUUCCCGUCGACUCGGCAAUCUUCUUCCCUUCGUAUGGCUGAUGAUGUAGAUGUAGAUGGAGAGCGUCGACUGCAAUUUCACAUUCAAGGUGGUCAAUCCGGACAACCGCGUCAGGAGCAGCAGAGUGUGUCGCUGUGAUGUCGCCCGUGAUGAAUCGGCAUAUGUAUCGCUGUGAUGAAUCAGCAAUUACGUGGCCAGUGAGCGCACGUGGCCCAAGGAAAGUUGUCCGAAGGUAACCUGGUCGACAUGGAUUCACGUGGUGGCUGAUUGCUGCUGCUCGUGGGGAUAUCAUUCACCUUAUUCGGUGAUGGAUGGAGCAUUUGAAAUGGCAAACAAUAACUUACCAUAAAAGUCAUCCAUUUCAUUGUUGCCUAAUUGAAUGUAAAAAAAACAGAAAGAAAAGUAGAUACACGGUUAUCCGUUCAGAGAUAACCGCGCUUUAAAUAAUAAGGAUAAAUUACAGAGAAAACCCACAUUUUAAUUCGAUACGGCUACAAGCCUCCCACCAAUCUCAAUACUCUUAUGUAAGCUUUUACUCAUGAUGCACAUUGGCAAUAAUCAAUCACAAUGUUCAAUGGGCUGUUGAGCGGAACGUGCGAGGGUCAUUGGAAAUCAGUGGGGUAUGUAUGCGAAAAGGUCUACUGUGGAGAGAUGUUACGCCUGUAACAGGAUCGACAUUUUUGCAUUCAAAAAAGUAUUGUAAAUUGACAUAUAUCAAUUUAGUUUUAAAAAAAUUAGACACAAUUUAUGAUGGACAAUGGGAAAUCUAUGCAAAUAUAUUUUACACAUGCAUGCAUAUAUAUGCAACGUGUUUUCGAAAGUUAUGUUGGUACCCGUAUCUCGCUUGCAAAAGAGAUUUCUAGGCUUUCACCUGGUUGUAAACAAAGGCAUUAUCUCUCCGAUGUGUUUUCAAGUUCUACCGAAUGUGGUUAGGCACGAUGUCCAACGUUUAAAUCCACGUGCUGGGAGCUUCGUCAGGAAAUUAAUCACACGCUGGGAGCUUAUUUAGGAGCUGAUUCAGAAACAGCUCCCAGCAUACGUCAGAUAACACCAGCUGGAAAAGUCGAAAAACCAAUGCAGUAGAAAUGGUACUGAUUGCUUUGUGUUACAGGGAGUCUAAUUGGUAUCCCAGACAAUCGCACUGGAAGAAGGGCCAUUGUUUGAUUAUCGCUGUCAUUAUAAUUGUGGAGGACUAUGGGACAAUCAUAUGAACACAUAAGAACAGUUGCGAAUAGUCCUUGUAAACAGCCCAUACAUUCAGGAAUGCAGAUCCAUAUCACAGUACAUCUCAAGCCAUUUCAUGCCAAGCAUCUACAGAGACUUGAGGAAUACCCCGCAUAUACACCCAUACAAUUUGCACGGUAUAUGCAAAUCAGGGUAUACACAAACAUAAAUAAUUUGCUGCCCUUUGUCAAUCACCAGGUUGUAUCACUAUACUUAAUUUCGGUGAAUGCAGGUUGAAGAAUUGGUAGGACCAGGAUCAGCUCAGGCAUCACUUACCACUGAUGUUAGCCGUGGCCAGCAAUUGAACUCAGGUUACUGGGUUUAGAGAGAAGUGCAUGAUCCACUACACAUACUGUACACGGAUACAAUGCGAAUAUGAAAUGUGCAUGUUGUUAUGCAAUGGGGCUAUAUUUAUGUGACUAUUUUUAUAUGCAUGCUGUAUGUUUUUUUAUGCAUGUUUUUGUUAAGUGUUUACCUAUCUGUAAUGAAAUCAUCACAGACCUGGCAUAUGCACUUCACACAUUUGUGAUAGAGAAAAAACGGUUCUGUCCUUUUUGUUUGAAUUAUUUAAAAUUGUGCCACUAUUUAUACUUUAUAGGCAAUCAAUAAAACUUAUUU